GUCUGGGCUGAUUCGGUGAUAAAAAUGCCCGCAGACCGGCUAUAAAACCAUCUUCUGUGUUUCGUUCUCCAUCGCAUCUGAUCACCCGGUUGUGGCUGUUAAAAGACGAGAAAACUUUUUUUCUUCAGCCCAAACUCGUGGCGAUAUUUGGCGAGUGAGAGGAGAACCUGCACAGAGAGAUCUAAUCGAGUGUGUGCUGAUCGUUUGUUUCACGGGAUAUUUCAUUGUGUGUGGAUUUAUCCGCUUGCGCAACCGCAUAUCUGGCUUUUGUGCACCCUCGAUCUACACACUGGAACAGACAGAGCCGCGAACCGUCGAGCAGCACACAGAGAGCGAGAGAGAAUGAUGACCACACGACCAGCACUGUCGCUGGCCCGACUCUGCCCGCAUGCCGCCGCCGCGGCUGCGGCCCGUAUGCCGAACGCCAGCCUGGCGAUGCUGGAUGGCAGUACGGCGGAGAUGAGCGUCAACACCACCCGCGGCUACGAAGAGAUCCCGGCGCCCCGCGGCUGGCCCGUCAUCGGGACGGGCUUGUCGGCCGUGUGGAACGGCGUCAUCACGCGUCUGCACGAGUACAUUGAUAUGCGCUACCGCCAGCUGGGACCCAUCUACCGCGAGAAACUCGGCAACAUCGACGCCGUCUUCCUCUUCGACCCCAAGGACGUGCAGACCGUCUUCAGGCGCGAGGGCAAACAUCCCAACCAUUUCAUCCCCGAAGCCUGGACCAUGCAUCGGGAUAUCACGCAGAAACCCCGUGGAUUGUUUUUCAUGGACGGCGAGCAUUGGCAGAGCCGGAGGCGUGUCAUGAAUCAGCUGUUACUGCAUCCGAAAGUGGUCCCCCAGUAUGCUGACCGCAUCAACGAUACCGUCGACGAUCUCAUCGCCCGCUGGUCCACCAUUAAGAAAGGUCACGACAAUGUCGUGGACAAGGUGGAAGUGGAGAUGUUCAACUGGUCCAUUGAGUGCAUUGGCACGGUGAUAUUUGAUCAGCGGAUGGGCUGCUUAAGCGAGAACCGUCCGAAUGAUAUUCAGCAGUUCGUCCGUUCCAUACAGGAGAUUUUCCGCACAACGAUGAUCCUCACCAUGAUUCCUCCGAAAAUUGCGAAAUUCCUACGUUUACCUGUCUGGAAACGAUUCCUGCAUUCGAUGGAUUUAUCUCUAGCAAUUGCCCGAAAAUAUAUUUCGAUGAGCAUUGAGCGUGUGAUGGCGCGGAUGGAUGCCGGCGAGAAUGUCAAUGAUUUCUGCUCGGGUAUUCUGGCGCAUAAGGACUUUGAUCUCGAUGAGGUUGUCCGGUUAACCACUGAUCUCUUCGCUGGCGCAGCUGAUACGGUGUCCAACGCCAUGGCUUGGGCGUUGUAUCUCAUCAGUCAAAAUCCCGCGGUACAGGAGAAGAUUUAUCAUGAAGUCAGCCAGAUUGUACCCGUCACCGGACAGAGCAUCACGCCCGAGAUGCUCAAACAGAUGAAAUAUGUCCAGGCCGUUAUGAAGGAGACUUUAAGAUUGUACCCGGUGGCACCGUUUCAUACCCGGUAUCUGGACGAAGAUAUCACCAUCAAGGGCUACAACAUUCCAGCUAACACGCUGAUAAUGAUGGGAACGUAUUCCAUGGGACGUGAUGAGAAGAAUUUCGAACGCGCCAGCGAAUUCAUUCCCGAACGCUGGUUCCGUGAUCGCAGCGAUCCCGAUGACCGGGAGAAUAAUCUUGUCGCUAAUUACGCCACCAUGCCCUUUGCUUUUGGUCCCAGAUGUUGUGUUGGUCGUCGACUAGCGGAAACGGAAAUGCAUAUGCUUCUUGCAAAGUUAGUGCAAAAGUUUAAAAUAGAAUACGCCAGCGACAAACCGGUGGAUAUCGACUUGCGCAUGAUCACCGCGCCCAAACAGUCCAUCAAAUUGCGCUUCAUCGAACGCCAACCGCAGCCUAGCGUGUAAAAUUUAUAUAUGCGCGUAUGCACAGACAUCGCGAUAUCGUACCAACGGGAACUCCAUAGCCGAAAGUACCUGCGAAAAAAACGAUAAUCCUAAAAACCCAUAUAAAUUGGAUACGCGGAUCUCAGCCGAAACAGAGUGCGCCUCGUUGGAUUUGUUGGGUGGUGUUUUUUUAUACAUAAUGCAGCAGUGUUCUCGCCUCAUUCCUCCUCGAUUCAGCGAUCUCCCCCGAAUAUAUAUAUUUGAUCACAGCGAUAUUUUUUAUAUCUCUCUCUUUCUCAAAUUCCCCCGUCAUUUCUCCCGCCGGCAACUGCAAAUGACCUCGUGUGGCAAGUGGCCAUUUUUUGAUCAUUCUGCCUGUACGAAUCUCUCCAGGAAUUCCGAGUCGCAUUCGGCGCGAUUCAUCUGUAUCUGACCCUUUCCGGCUUUGUAUGUGGCAUUCUUCCUGGUGUUUUCGGAAACGGAAACACUCUCUUUUUGUUUACUAUGGGAUAGACUAUGGUCUUGCUGUAUUUAUGCCUUAUUUAUUUAUUUUUUUUUGUUAAAUUUUCUCCGGUUGUGAUUCGCCCAGACAUUCGGCCGCGGCGUGAGAAUAAUUUUACCGGGUUCAGUCCGGGGGAAUUUGUUCGACUUCAUGCCUGAUUCGGAAUGCUGAAUGAGUGAUGCAAUGGUCGAGAAAAAAAUGGGUUUUUAUGAUUGUACACUGUUAAAUUACAGUUUUCAGAGAUCUAUUAUUGAUUUACAAUUAGUUUUGAUUUGUUGUUGGAUUUUUCUGGAGAAAUUUAUUUUUAUUGUGUGCACCCGCGUGUCCAUGCGGUUUGUCGUAAUUUGUCUGGUUUGUGUUGGGCAACGGUGGUCCGUUUUUGUACUUGUCGCUGUUUUUUUGCCUGUAAUUUUUGCUUGUGCAUGAUGCUGGAAGCAAAUAAACAUUUGA